UUCAUUUUCCCUUGUAGCCUGAAUAUGGGGAAUUCAAAAUUGCAGAGAACGUGUUACAUUUAGUCUACAACCAAGGAAUGAUUUGGAUGGGAGCCUUCUUCUCCCCAUGUCUCCCUGCCUUCAACGUCCUCAAGCUCAUUGGGCUGAUGUACUUGCGCAGCUGGGCUGUGCUGACCUGCAAUGCGCCGCAUCAACAAGUCUUCCGGGCCUCCAGAUCCAACAAUUUCUAUUUGGCAAUGCUCCUGUUUAUGCUCUUCCUAUGCAUGCUGCCAACCAUUUUUGCUAUUGUCCGGUACAAACCAUCUCUAAAUUGUGGACCAUUCAGUGGACAAGAGAAAAUUUAUGACAUCGUGUCAGAAACUAUUGAGAAGGACUUUCCCGCGUGGUUUGGCUCUGUGAUUGGGUACAUCAGUAGCCCUGUGGUCAUCCUGCCAGCCGUACUGCUACUUUUCAUGCUCAUCUAUUACCUGCAGAGCAUCGCAAGAUCCUUAAAACUCAGCAACCACCAGCUCAGAAUGCAGAUCCAAAAUGCAAGAUCUGAAGAUAGGAAAAAGGUUGCCCAAAUGGUAGAAGCCCGAAUCCAAACCCAGGAUGAAACCACCAAGAGGUUUCCCAAGGACAGUGAUCUCGGCAGCCAGCUGUCCUCGGCUCACUCAGCGACACCCCAGAACAACGGCACUGUGGUCAAUUUUGACUCAUCAAGCAGCAGGAGUAGUAGGGUGGAGACCGUUGCCCAGCCCACGACUCCGAGCCCCCAGCCAGGGCCUGGCAGCCCCAGCUCCCCUCUUCCUGGCUUCUCCAGGUCUAGGCACUAUUCUACCAGGUAUCCAUGUGGCCCAUGUAUGAGCACAAGUGACCUUCAUAGGAGCAGAUCCUGCACACCUGGGAUGUUUACAAAACACAUUGAAGAUGUUCACUCAGAACCUCUUUUCCGAAAAGAUCUUCAGCUAAUCAACCAUGGGUCAGGGGUCUCAGCCUUGGUGCCACAUAGUCCUCGGUCCCAUGCCCCCAGAUACUAUCUCAUUAAUGAACGUGACUCUCAGCAAAAGAAACAUUCAACUUUCUUGCCAGAAAGACAUUUCAAGAUAGACACCUCUGGGGACACUGUGGAUAUGUACCCCAGGAACAUGAGACGGUGUGCACCCCUGGCCUCUCCACAGCUCAGUGAAGAAGAGGAGGAGGUUCCGAGGAGACAGGCUUUCUCCAUGUAGUAGGUGAAGGAGGAAUGCACAGACACAGAAAAUUCCAGGUUGAUGGCACCCAGCCAAUGAGCCCCAAGGAAAGAACAGAACUAUACCCAUUUGCACUCUUGUUUCCAUGAUAACUCUUUCACUUUAAAUUUAUCUUUUUUCUGUCUCGUCCAUCAGACUGUUGAGUUCCUUUGAGAGAGGAAUGGUGUUUAUUCAUUUCUGCAGAACUGGUAACUGAUACAUAACACAUUUUGUACUUGUUUUCUCCCUCUCACUACAUAACAAACUUAGUAACUUAAAACAACACUUAUUUAUCAACUCAGUUUCCAUAGUUCACCUGGAUGCUCAGCUAGGGUCUCAAGCAAGGUGUCAUCCAAGAGCCUGCAUCUCAUCUGGGGCUAGGGGGUCACCUUCCAAUGUUGUGUGGCUGUUGGCAGCAUUCACUUCCUUGGGGUUGUAGGACUGAGGUGUUCUGCUCCCGGGGGCAGCCUGCAUUUCCCUACCACAUGAUCCUCUCCAUAGUGUGGCUGUUUGUAUCUUCAAGGCCAGCAAGAAAAGGCCUUCUCACAUUUGAAUCUCUCUCUUGGCAAGACGUGGAUUAUCUUUUAAAGGACUCACCUGAUUAGGUCAGGCCCAUUCAGGAUAAUGUCCUUUUGAUUCAUUCAAAGUUAAUUAGUCAGAGAUCUUAAUUAUAUCUAAAUAAAUUCACCUUUACCAUAUAAUAGAACCUCAUCAUGAGAGUGAAAUCUUAUCAGAUUCACAAGUGCCAACACAACAAAUUUUCAAGAAAUGUACAACAGGGGCAGGAAUUCUGGGGGGCAUCUCAGAAGGCUGCCUAUCCUAGGUAUUUCAUGAAAUAUCUGUUGAGUGUAAAUGGAUGGAUAAAUAAAUGACUGGACUGGAGUAAUGAAUAAAUUAUAAAUGACAUGGUAACAAGAUUAUCUUCCAAGAUCUACAGCUAAUUCUAACCUCAGAGAAAAAUCUAGUAUAAAUAAUGCCAUUUUAAAAAUAGACAGAGGUCUUCCCUGGUGACUCAGUGGUAAAGGACCCACCUGCC